AUGCACUCAACUCCCUAUUUAUUGAAUGUUGCAUCUUCAACGGCAGCAGCAACUCCUGUAUCAUCCACACCCUCUCACUUUGUAGUAGAUUCAUCAUCAAUAUCAGAUGGAAAGACAACUAACGAUAGUAGCAAUAAUAAUUCUUUCUUGUUGUUCCAUCAAAAGAAUAUUUCAAGUACUUCUACUAUUAACACCAACCAUGCAAUUCAUCAUCAUCAAGCCUGUAACUUACAAUAUGUUGGAUCCAACGGCAAUCAACACAGCAACACAGACACUGGAAAUGUGCUCCCUAUUGGAAAAUCCCCAAGAACAACUCUCGACAAUAGUAGUCGUGUGGGAAUGGAUAUCACCACCACAACCACUUCUUCUUCGUCUCAGGUAAGCCUUUUCCCUACUUCGCCCUCAUCAGUAUCUCGGAGUUCAACUUCUACUUACUCACUCUCGACCUUAUUGGAAGAACGUUGUUUGAUACAAGAUGAUGAGCACUUAUCCUCUGUAGGUUAUAAUUUAGACUCAAACAAGACCAGUCAAAUAUUGGUAUCCUCCUCCUCUGCUUCUCCUUGUUUGAAAUCAGGUCAGGCAGCCUCCACAGCCAACAUUACCCACUCACUCACCACUACACAUUCCAUUCACCCAACAACAACAACAACACAAAAGUUACAACUCUUAAUACCUAACAGCAAUAGUUUCCAGUUGAAUACUACACCUCCCACACUCGGUAAGGACAGUCAAAUCUCGUCGUCAUCUUCCUCAUCCUCAACCACGACCAUUCUUUCAUUUCCCAACUCACCUUUAAGCAAUAGUAGCAGCACCACCAGCACUCCUAAAAGCAAUCCUACCACUCCAACAACCCCUAACCGAUUAUUGAAUCACUUUCCACCCUCACAGCCUCGAUCUUUGAUUGAAAUUCAUCUCAAGAACAAUAUUGCAUUCAGCAAUGUGAUAUCCCAAAAGUCUUCAACAGCACUGAAAUCGCCUCCUCUUGCUGUGUCAAAGUUUGAGAGUUCUUUCGAAAUGAUGAACAGAACAGGAGUUAGCACCACGACAACCUCCUCGUGUGGUGGUGGUAGUUUCAAGAAAACAUCAUCCCCUUCUCUUAUUACUCAACCUCGUUCAUCGACCAUCAUCAGAAAAUCAUCAUCACCCAAUCCAUCCAAACCAUGUACAGUAACGGCUACACCUACUGCAACGACCACCUCUCCCUCACUACAACAACAACAACCCCAUCAUCAUCCAUUACCUGCCUCGAUCAAUAGCUUUAUUCUUCCCCCAUGUGUACUCCUGGAUUCUAACCCUUCACAGCAACAACAACAACCAUGUACCAUAACAACAAUCACUACCUCUACGACUACGACCUCAGUGAGCACCACCACCACCACCAGCAACAUUUUGAUGCCUUCUCAAUCAUUUGGCACAACUGCAACAUCUCUGUUGCCUUCCUUCACCAAUCCUGCCUCUCUUUGGAUGAAAUCAGAGAGUUGUGGUGGUGGCUCUUCCUCUCCUCUCAAAGUGCCUAGUCCAAGUCGAAUUCAAUCUAACUAUAUAUACAGCCCCUUUACGUAUAACUUUAUUAAGCAGAAUACUCCCUCACGAAAUGCAAGACCUUUCACCAAGAAUGCUCAACAAAAAACAACAACAAACGAUUUGAACGAUGAAAAACAAGCCAUUGAGCGUUUGGAAACAUUUUAUUUCAAGAAGAGUGAGUUACUAGCCAGUCAUUUACUUUGUAAGAUGGAUCACUUUUAUAGAGGUUUACUUUCGUGUAUUCAAGAUAUUUUACUAAGACUCAUGGAUCUUAGUAAUAUCACGGAUGAAACAGUCUUGAAGAAACUCGAUCGAAUUCAAUGCAUGAUAAACUUGAAGAAGUAUAUCAGCUCUCGAAUCAAGGACUUUGACGAGUGGCCUAAAUUUUUCGAUAGUUGUAUUACACAGGUUUCUGUAGAAGAUCUAUCACGCUUGGAAGACAUUGAACGAUGUACCAAUAACUUUAAUGUCAUCAUUACUGGAAAGGAAGAGUUGUCAAAAAAUCUGAAUUUGGCAAGCUUAAAAACACGGCUCAAUGACCACCAGAUGUUCCAAUACAUUACACAGUUCGUCGCUACAUGUUGUUGGACAGAUAGAAAAACCAUUCCUAUGGAUGUCAUGAACUGUUUAAAGUUUUUCGCGACUGUUCCAACUCCAGACAGUGUUGAUUUGCUCAAGUUGGCAAAAAAACAAGACGAUCAUUGGGUUCGAUCAUGCACUUCAACUAUAUCUUCCUUGCAGGACUUGGCAGAUUAUCAAUCAGACUCUGAUGACGAUGCUCCCAUGAGAGAUGCAUUCUCGUUCAGUUUCAUGUAA